AUGUAUCCUGUCUAUUAUGAUCCUGAGGAUCAGGAGCAUCAGAAGGAGGUCCAGCAGAAAGCUCAGAAGUGCUUUCAUGAGUGGUGCAAAGACAAUGAAAACACAUUCAUUGAUUUCGGGCAUGAUGCAGGUGAAGAUGAUGUUGAUGAAGAAGAGGAGUAUGAGGAAACUUCUACAAGCAAGAUCUUCAAUGACCCCAUUCAUGGUCAGAUUGAGCUGCACCCCCUGCUGGUGAAGAUCAUUGACACUCCUCAGUUUCAGAGACUCAGACACAUCAAACAGCUGGGAGGAACAUAUCUGGUGUAUCCUGGAGCCACUCACACUCGCUUCGAACACUCACUGGGGAUGGCACAUUUAGCAGGAUCUCUGCUCAAAGUUCUGAGAGAGAAACAAGACCAGUACAUCGACAAGAUAGAGAGGGAUAUUAAAAAGCUUGGAGAGAAACAGGAGGAGCUCAAAGAGAAAAAGGAGGAGCACAUUACUGAAAAAGACAUGCUAUGUGUUCAAAUUGCUGCUCUGUGCUAUAAUUUAGGUCAUGGUCCAUUCUCUCAUCUGUUUGAGAAAUUCAUCCGUAAAGCCUGGCCUGGUGCCAAUGGAGAUGGCCAACAACCAGGUCCAUCAGAAGAGAAGACCAGAACAGAAAAAGAACAGAAAGAAAGAGCCUCAGGUAUUCCCUGCAUUCCUGGCUCAAAAUGGUAGAAUUUGAAACUGAUUUUUUUUUUU